UUAAUCUUGAUUAUUAAAGUUAUAAAGUUUCAGAUAAUACAGGUUCUCUCUUAAUGAGUUCACUCAAUGAGCAUGGUUUUGAAGAAUAGGAGGAAAAAGCAUAACACUCAGCUAGUUGUAGAUGUGCACCAAACAUUACUGUCGUACGGUAUGCUCAAGCAAGGUUGCUAAUUCAUUGGGCAGAUAACAGUUAAGCAAGGAAAUGUUAUAUGCACGACUACAUACUUUUACAAUUAUAUUCAUUUUUGGGAUAUUCUACGAUUUUUCCGCAUCAAAUUGUUAAACACGUGUUGAUAAGUCAAUAAAACAAUGUACAAAAAAUAAAAUUCAAUUUGUCUCCCUGAGAGCGCUUAAUCUUGAGCUGCAUUUGGUACGAACUCUACGCAAAACCUGGAAAGGUGAUAUUUCACCCAAGGAUGAAAUAAAAUUUUUAUUUCAAACAACAUGAUAUUAUUAGUAUCUUAUUAAAGAAAAUUAGAACUUUGGACUGAAAGGAAAAUGCGAUUGAUAGCCCUUGGUAAAAGAGAGGCCGUCUUUCUUCAAAAAUAUAGAAUAAAAUGUAUAAUGUCUCCAUCAAAUAUUUUGCGUCUAUAGCAUAGUCUGACCUGCACAAUAUGGAAAGUCACGUUUAAACUAUUAAGUUCAUUUUCAUCCGUAUUUGUAUCAACAACGUCGGAAGGCACAAUAAAUAAAUGUAUAAAAUAACCCAGGUAGCUUGCGGCUGCUGGAGCGCUCUUUAGGAUGAUUUUUUUUCAGGGGAGGGGGGGAAUAUAUUAAAGAUUUGCAUACUAACUGUAUUUACUUCAGCAAGAGGGUGGGAGUAUAAGGAUAUGCUAAUUAGUGGGGGAUUUUUGGAAGGGGGUGGAAUAUCAAUUUUUAUUGCAUCACCUGUCAGUGGCAUCCAAUCAGAGCUGGCUUUAGGGGAAUUAAUUGAUGAAGGUGUCUCCCGACGAGCUCACUUCACUCUGUCAUCUUAUUUGUGGGAGAAGCAGCGGCGGGAAUAGCAGCUGCAUUUCUCUCUCUCUCUCUCUCUCUCUCUCUCUCUCUCUCUUCAUUCUCUCUUAUAUAGUAGAGUAUAUUCAUGAGUAUUUGGAAUAAUUAAAAGAUUGCAGGUAUAGCAAUACGCAUAACGUGGAAAUUGCGCUGCAUAUGAAUAACGUGAUGCUGCUUUUUAAUUUAUAUUUAUAUGUAUUACAAUACCAUAUGCUAUGUAUUAAAUAUAAUCCCAAAGUUUUUUUUAAAAUCAGCUGUAUCAGAAAGAAUAAUUAUAUGUGUUUUCAAACAGGAUGCCAUGAGGAAUGUCGAAUUCCGCAGUCGAUGUUUUUUUUCAGCGAAUGUGGGACAGAAUUUAGGUGUCGAUAUGGGAGACUUGGAAUCGGGUUAUGAAGAGGUGGAUGGUGUGAGACUUGGUUAUCUUAUAAUUAAGGGGAAACAAAUGUUUGCGCUUUCCCAAGUAUUCACUAAUCUGCUGAAAAAUAUACCCAGGACAACCGUACACAAAAGGAUGGACCAUCUAAACGUGAAGAAACAUCACUGCGAUUUGGAAGAAUUAAGAAAACUCAAGGCAAUAAAUUCUAUUGCUUUUCAUGCAGCUAAAUGCACUCUAAUUUCUCGGGAAGACGUGGAAGCCCUGUACACUUCUUGCAAAACCGAACGAGUUCUUAAGACCAAGAGGAGAAAAAUAAAUAGAACAUUGUUAUCCACGGAGCUCAAACAGGAGAAAGCCCCCACUGAUCGCUACGCAAGUUUUUUGAAAGAGAACAAAGUUUGGUUGAGUUUGAAUGGAAAGCCGCAGCCUUUGGCUGGAAUUAGCAGGACUUUGCAAGGAGGCGGCAGCUCGCUACCGGCCUCCAAUCUACCUCAAUUCUACAGCAAAUUUACCAGCCACAGUUACACAGAAAUGGUCCGAUCGCAUUGUAAAACCCCUCAAAACUACGAAACCGCUGAAAUAUCAAGUAACUGUGUAGCAUUUCACACAAAUCACUCCUUAUUUCGGAGCAUGAUUUGCCGACAUCCCGUAUUUUACCAAUCCGCCAUCGCCUAUUACCCUAAGUCUCCAAAUGCUACCGGGUUAACGUAUUAUUUCAGGCGCAAAAGUUCGUGUGAAAUCACUCAGAAACAUUUGGGGAGUUCAAGCACUGCCAAACGAGUCUUACUGGCGGCAGCUGCUCCUAAAUCUUACAAAACUAAAGGAGGGGAUCAGUGCUUGAAUAAAUUUCAUCUUGCCAACGGACUGCAUUGUAACCAGGGGCCCUUGCAAGAAAGCUGCAGCAGCGAUUCCGAGUCCAGCUCCUUCUCUGAUCGCGCAGACAACGACUCGGACUUUGGGUCGAGUUUGUCGAGUUCCAGCAACUCGGUUUCUUCGGACGAGGAAGAGGAGGACUCUGUGUCCGAAUCCUCCGACGUAACCUCGGCCAGUGACGAAGACAGCUCGUCCGAAUCUGAUUCCAGCUCCGUUUCCAGCCAAGUUUCACUUCAAAGCAUUCGAUUCAGGCGCACCAGUUUCUCGGGCAUCUGCAGUAAACCUCUUGUCUUAACGCAGCCGAGUUUCCACUACCAGUUCCAAGCCAAAAACAAUAACGUGGUAUAUGAAACAGCCGGUAACGAUCUCCUGGAAGGAAGAACUUCACAUUGUAAUUUAAAGUCCUCGACUGUUGUGAAGAGAAAUGAGCAGAACUGGACUAUUAAGUCACAUAACGUGUGCUGCUCAACUGGCUAUGGAAGUUGCGUGGCCGAGAUAAAUAACGAUAGGAUAUCCGAGCUUCCAUUCCCACAUUCUGAAAUUUCACAAUAUCUAAAGAGGACUGAAUCGACAAUUAACCGUGCUACAGAAGGGGGGCCUGCACCUAGCCCAAAGGGAAACACCGAGUUUCCACAACAAAGAACAUUAACAGAGUCAACGAAAUGCCUUGGAGCAUCUAUAUCACACUGCGCAGAAGAAAACAAUGUGACAAUAGUUUCCGAGCCUCAAGACAAUGAUUCCCCAUUAGCAGUAAAUGUAGAGAAAGAAUCGAAAAUCAGCAAUUUCAUCGCACUGUCCUCGGCUUUCCAGAGUUUAAAUGCGGACAGUAGUCAGGGGCCUGCCGUUCACAUUCACAGUGACGAUGCAGACAGGGGGAAAGCAAUUAUACACAAUAUUACAGUUAAACUGGAAGAAAAUAGCUGCGAGGAAGAAUAUGGAUAUAUGACUCAACACCCUAGAAAGAAACUCAAGUAUGCGUGCAAUGUAUCGAAGCAAGCAGUAACCACUUUAAGUGAAAAUAAAAUGCGAGACUGUUUUUCGACGAAAGCAAAAGAAAGCUAUGUGUGCACUGAAAAAGCUACCAAUUCCCAAAACGCAUCCAGACGAAGCGAAGACCUUCAAAGCACUUUAAACAUUCCAGUAUUAGAAGACUGCGAAUUUCGAAAUGGUGCAAGAAUAAGAAGGAAUUACAGAACUUUAGUGCUGGGGAAACAGCAUACUUUGCAAAGCUCGUCAGUCAAAACAAUUGUGAAAUCAGAGAAUCCGCGUCUUACAGGUAAAACAGAUGUGCAUGAAGGAACACUAGAAGAAUUUGCUGGUACAAAUAAACGUAAGCGAGUAGCCAAUGGUGUAGCAUCCACGUUGAAAAGGCCAUUUAAUUUCAUGGCAAAUUUUCCCUCUCCACCGUCACUAAUUAUUGGCAACGAUGGGGAUUUGUGCCCUGCGUAUUCACUGAACUCUACUAAGGAUCCCGAAGCACCUCAGAAGGCCCAUCCUGUGUGGAAAUGGCAGAUGGGUGGUGCAGCAAUACCUCUCCCGCCUAGCCAUAAAUUCAGACGAUUUAACUUAUGAAAGGGAUAUUUUGGAUAAGAAAACUCUGCCUGUGCAAAAAAAAAUUAUAUUAAAAAAGUACUUCCCUGGUUUCUUUGUCAUGAACCACGACCGGAUAUUAAAUCUCGACAUACAGCAAAAUUUCAUAUUGGAAUAAUGUUCUAGAAAACCGAAAACCUUUCGUGUGGAUUAUUCUUUUGAUUUACCAACAUCGCUAUCUACUGACCGAGGCAUUCCACAGUACACUUUUUGAACUACUGAUGUCACUUUGAGGUUGUUUAACGGUUGUUUUCGAACAGUUAAAAUAAAAUUAUUUCAAUGUUCAAAUUAUAAGUCAAUACCUCCACAAGGUUACUGCAAAAUGUACGUCACAAGUCGACAUAGUGAAA